AGACACAGCUAAAUUAAUAUUUGAUCCAUACACAUUGAUGAUGGAAACAUUUUCUUUGCUGUUUGCCUUGCCAUGGCUUCUCAUCGCCAUAGCAUUUCUCUUCAAACUAAGCACUAUCCACCAACGUCGAAAACCAAAAACUCCGCCAGGUCCACGGCCGUGGCCUAUUAUUGGCAACUUGAACCUCCUUGGCUCCACCCCCCACCAAUCUUUACACUCACUGUCCCAAAAAUAUGGAGAAUUAAUGCUCUUGAAAUUUGGGUCCAAGCCGGUUUUAGUUGCCUCAUCUCCACAAACGGCUAAACUUUUCUUGAAAACCCACGAUGCCGUUUUCGCCUCUCGUCCCCCCACUGCCGCUGCCGAGUACACCUUUAACCGGUCCGACGUGGUUUGGGCCCCUCAUGGACCGUUCUGGCGCCAUGCCCGCAAGAUUCUUCUUUGCGAGGUUUUCAGCCUGAAAAAGCUUGACUCGUUCGAGCACGUUCGUGUUGAGGAAAGGAUGGCUUUCAUUUCCGGCCUUUACAGAUGUAAGAAGCCGGUGUUGCUAAGAGACCAUUUAGUGAGGUUCACCCUGUCUACUAUUACUAGGCUUGUUACGGGUCACAAGUACUAUAGCAACAUGAAUGGCCAUUCGAUACCGUUUAAGAAAUUGCAAGAAUUUCUUGAUGAUUGGUUUUUGCUUGGUGGUGUGAUCAACCUUGGAGAUUGGGUUCCUUGGUUGAGCGGCUUUGACUUGCAGGGAUAUGUGAAAAAGAUGAAAGCUUUCAGAGAUGAGUAUGCCAAGUUCUUGAACUAUGUGAUUGAAGACCACAGGGCCAUGAUGAAAGCUGCUGGCAAGAGCUUUGUCCCAAAGGACAUUGUGGAUGUCUUUUUGCAGAUUGCUGAUGAUACAAAUGUUGAUGCCGAGGAUGCACUCACUCCCGAUCGCCUCAUGGGGUUGAUACAUGAUAUGCUGGCGGGUGGCACAGAUACAACAGCAACAACAGUGGAAUGGGCAUUCCAAGAGUUGUUUAGAAAACCAUGGAUCAUCGACAAGGCAAAGGAGGAAUUGGACAGAGUGAUUGGGAGGGAGAGAUGGGUAGAAGAGAAGGACUUUUCGCAACUGCCAUACAUCGAGGCAAUCCUCAAGGAAACACUAAGGUUGCAUCCAGUUGCCACAUUACUUUCACCCCAUUAUUCUAUGGAGGAUUGCAAUGUGGGAGGUUAUGAGGUGCCAAAAGGGACAGUGGUUUUUAUUAAUGUAUGGUCUAUUGGAAGGGAUUCUAAGUAUUGGAACAUGGCGAAUGAGUUUCUCCCUGAACGAUUUUUAGAGAGAGAUAUUGAUAUAACAGGACAGGAUUUUGGAGUGUUACCAUUCGGGUCAGGUAGAAGAAAAUGUCCGGGCUAUAAUCUUGGGCUGAAGGUUAUUCGUACAACAUUGGCGAAUUUAUUACACGGAUUUAAUUGGAAAUUAGCUGGAGAUAUGAGGCCAGAGGAUAUAUCCUUGGAAGAGAUUUAUGGCUUGACCACUCAUCCAAAAUCCCCAUUGUCAUUCAUCAUUGAACCUAAGCUUCCUGCCCAUCUUUACUAG